AUGAACGCAUCAACUCCUUCAGCUCUUUCUUUCACCGAGACCCUCAGUCUCCUGUCUCUUUUCCUUGCGUCGUUCGGCAUCAUCGCCAACACCUUCCGUGGCGAUGGCGAACCUCUCAUCGUUUCUCUUGCACUCAGCGGAAUUGCAUUUGCGGCGACGUAUGCCAUGAUUCGGUGGCUUGGGCCAACAUUUAUGAAGGCAGGGCUGAAGGGGAAGGACAUGUCAAAAGUGCACAAAAAAGAGAUCCCUGAAACCAUGGGCGCUGUUUGCGCCGUUGUCUAUCUUCUCAUAAUCAUUGUUUUUAUACCUUUCCCCUUUUACAAGGAUAUUGUGGCGGCUACUUCUGGAGGAGGAAACCGAGAUGUUGUCAUUGAGCUUGAGCACGUACAGACAGGUCGAUUUUUACACAGAUUCCCACAUAGCAAGCUAGCAUCAUACCUCUCUGCCAUCCUUUCCCUACAAUCCGUAUCUAUCCUCGGGAUCGGCGAUGAUCUCUUUGAUAUUCGGUGGCGACACAAGUUUUUCAUACCCGGGAUUGCCAGCAUACCUAUCCUCAUUGUCUACUUUGUAGACUUUGGGGUAACUCAGAUUGUCAUCCCCAUACCACUACGGCCAUAUCUUGGAGGGCUUUUCGACCUAGGAUUUCUCUACUACGUUUACAUGGCUGCAGUGGCAAUAUUCUGUCCGAACAGCAUUAACAUUCUUGCUGGCAUCAACGGCAUUGAAGUAUCCCAAUCAUUGGUGAUUGCAUUCCUCCUCGUUCUCAACGAUUGCUUCUACCUGUUGGCACCGUAUCCCCACCCAGCAACGGAUUCACAUCUUUUCUCCUUGUACAUGCUACUUCCUUUCAUUGGCGUUUCACUGGCCCUCUGGUGGCACAAUUGGUAUCCUUCUAGGGUCUUUGUGGGAGAUACAUACUGCUACUUUGCUGGGAUGGUAUUUGCGGUCGUUGGUAUUCUCGGACAUUUCUCUAAAACGCUCCUCCUCCUAUUCAUCCCGCAAAUAUUCAACUUCGUAUACUCAGCGCCGCAACUGUUCCGCCUAAUACCCUGUCCACGCCAUCGCCUGCCUCGCUUCAACGCCAGAACAGGCUUGAUGGAGCCUUCAGUGACAGAAUGGCAGUAUCCGCCUAAGCCAAUUGUUGCUGUAUUUUUGAAGCUGCUGCACCGUUUGCACCUCUUACGGGUAACGACGAAUCACGGCGGACAGAUCACUGAGAGUACGAACUUUACCAUCCUGAAUCUGUGGUUAGUGUGGUUUGGGCCCAGGAGAGAGGAUAGACUGGCCAUCGAGCUCUUGGUGAUGCAGACAUUCUGUGGACUAUUUGGACUGUUUGUGAGGCACAACUUUGCCCUCUGGAUAUUUGAGUCAGAUAAUUGGUCUGUAAAAUCAUCACAAUGA